CCACGGAGCUCAGCGCAGCCGGCGCGCUCCAGCCAGAUGCUGUAGGGAAGAGACCUGUGGAGUGUAGACAUCACAGCAUCCUCAUGACUCUGAUGACUGAGAUGUUUGAUCAAGAUUACAUCUUUUUCAGAGCUGGAAUUUACAUCUUAUCUAUCACCAUGUAUACUGGGAUUUUCAAUGGCAGGAGAAGGAGUGAUCAGAAGACCGAGAUGAAUUUUAACACUAUCCUAGAAGAGAUUCUUAUUAAAAGGUCACAGCAGAAAAAGAAGACAUCACCCUUAAACUACAAAGAGAGGCUUUUUGUACUUACAAAGUCCAUGUUAACCUACUACGAAGGUCGAGCAGAGAAAAAGUACAGAAAGGGGUUUAUUGAUGUUUCAAAAAUCAAGUGUGUGGAAAUAGUGAAGAAUGAUGAUGAUGGUGUCAUUCCCUGUCAAAAUAAAUAUCCAUUUCAGGUUGUCCAUGAUGCUAACACACUUUACAUUUUUGCACCCAGUGCACAAAGCAGAGACCGGUGGGUGAAAAAGUUAAAAGAAGAAAUAAAGAACAACAAUAAUAUUAUGAUUAAAUAUCAUCCUAAGUUCUGGGCAGAUGGAAUUUAUCAGUGUUGCAGACAAACUGAAAAGCUAGCACCUGGAUGUGAGAAAUAUAAUCUUUUUGAGAGUAGUAUAAGAAAAGCACUACCUCCAGCACCAGAAACAAAGAAGCGAAGGCCUCCCCCACCCAUUCCUCCUGAAGAAGAAGAAAAUAGUGAAGAAAUAGUUGUAGCAAUGUAUGAUUUCCAGGCAACAGAAGCGCAUGAUCUCAGAUUAGAGAGAGGCCAAGAGUAUAUCAUAUUAGAAAAGAAUGAUGUUCAUUGGUGGAGAGCAAGAGAUAAAUAUGGGAGUGAAGGAUAUAUCCCGAGUAAUUAUGUAACAGGAAAAAAAUCAAACAACCUAGAUCAAUAUGAAUGGUAUUGCAGAAAUAUGAACAGAAGCAAGGCAGAGCAACUCCUCAGAAAUGAAGAUAAAGAAGGUGGUUUUAUGGUAAGGGACUCCAGUCAACCUGGCAUGUACACAGUCUCCCUUUAUACAAAGUUUGGAGGAGAAGGUUCAUCAGGUUUCAGGCAUUAUCAUAUAAAGGAAACGACAACAUCUCCAAAGAAGUAUUACCUAGCAGAAAAACAUGCUUUUGGUUCAAUUCCCGAGAUUAUUGAAUAUCAUAAGCACAAUGCAGCAGGUCUCGUCACAAGGCUAAGAUACCCAGUUAGUGUAAAAGGGAAGACUGCACCAAGCACUGCAGGAUUCAGCUAUGAAAAAUGGGAGAUUAAUCCUUCAGAGCUGACCUUUAUGAGGGAAUUGGGGAGUGGGCUCUUUGGAGUUGUGAGGCUUGGCAAAUGGCGAGCCCAGUACAAAGUGGCAAUCAAAGCUAUUAGGGAAGGUGCAAUGUGUGAGGAGGACUUUAUAGAAGAAGCUAAAGUGAUGAUGAAACUGACACACCCAAAGUUAGUACAGCUUUAUGGUGUGUGCACCCAGCAGACGCCAAUUUAUAUCGUUACCGAGUUCAUGGAGAGGGGCUGCCUUCUGAAUUUCCUCCGACAGAGACAAGGUCAUUUUAGUAGAGAUGUACUGCUGAGCAUGUGUCAGGACGUGUGUGAAGGGAUGGAAUACCUGGAGAGAAACAGCUUCAUCCACAGAGAUCUGGCUGCCAGAAAUUGUCUAGUGAAUGAGGUGGGAGUUGUGAAAGUAUCUGAUUUUGGAAUGGCCAGGUAUGUUCUGGAUGAUCAGUACACAAGCUCGUCUGGUGCUAAAUUUCCUGUGAAGUGGUGUCCACCUGAAGUGUUUAAUUACAGCCGCUUUAGCAGCAAGUCAGAUGUCUGGUCAUUUGGUGUUUUAAUGUGGGAAGUAUUCACUGAAGGCAGAAUGCCCUUUGAGAAAAAUACCAACUACGAAGUGGUAACCAUGGUUACUCGCGGACACCGACUCUACCAGCCAAAGCUGGCAUCCAAAUACGUGUAUGAGGUGAUGCUGAGGUGUUGGCAGGAGAAGCCGGAGGGAAGACCUUCCUUUGAAGAUUUGCUGCGCACGAUUGAUGAACUAGUCGAGUGUGAAGAAACUUUUGGAAGAUAAGUGGUAAUAUGACCAGUGGCUCCCAGAUUCCAAAGCACAAAGAAGAAAUGGCACUUUGUGGCUGAUUUUUAAUUUAUUUAGCACCUGGAUGUGUGGAAUGUUUUACUUCUAAAAUGGAAACACCUAAAAGCAUUUGCUUCCAGACCAACUGUAGCCCUAAGAUGAUGACUGAAUUUUCCAGAUUGUGGAAAUACUGCCUUAGGGAUCAUGAUUAAGAGCAUUCACUUUUGUUCAUUCCACAGGCUCUGGAGUGCCCACUGUGCACCAGGCUCCAGAAUCCAGGGUUUGCCCUUUUUAGGGGUGUACACAGGGCCUGGUUAGCUGGUGCCAGUGAAAGGUCAGGGUGUUUGGAAAGGGGAAGGACAUGAGAACCAUGUUCCAGUGACUCCUCUCCUCACUCUGCCUUCUGCAGUAAUCUGGCUCUAGGGCUUAUCUGGAACAUGGGUUCUGGGUGAAUCAGGAUCCCACCGCAGAUAAAUAUCUAUUUUUUGUUUUGAAAGCAUCUGUGUUUUCAAGACUGAUUUAGUAUUACAUUGAAAUAUAUUUGUAUGCUGUAUAUCUUGUAAAUAUAUAUAAUAUAUAAAGUUAUAUAUUUAUAAGAAACAUGAGUUGUCUUUUAAUUGAAACUUCCAAUUCUGUAAUGUCUGAACUGACCUUCUUAGGACCAGAAACUGUGUCUUACUACUGUCCUUUGCUUUUCCCCUGGGGAUCAAAUAUUCCCUGCUGAAGAGUAAGAAUCCUGGGCCCUUCUAUUGCUAAUGCCCCCUCUUUGCUCUGAUGAUGUAUUGGGGAUGCCUGUCCAGCUUAAAACCUCCAAGAGUGCAUGUGUUUAGACUAAGUGAACUUGCCCUUGUUGUCCACAGCUAAUUGGAAUUAGGUGGAAAAUUGAUGUCGGGGAAAUCAAUAAGGUUUUAAGUCUCAAGAAUCCACUUCAGGGCUCAGAUGCUACAUAUCAUUAGAGUGCUGGGUCCUGGGGCAGAAGGAUCAGGUGAUGUUCUCAACAAAGUCUGCCCUACUGCAAGUAAGACCAAAGAGCAAGCUCAAGUUAUGGCAGAGCACAAGCUGUGAUCAUACAGAGGAAGCUGCUGGACAAAAAGGACAAGGAAACAGAUGCUCAGGUAAAGCAGAGACCAGAAUCCAGAGAAGAAGAGAGAGUCGUGUGGUGAGCAGCCUCCCCGUGUUGUCCAGGAGGCCUGCUUGGACUUGGUUCCUAGAUCCACAAGAUUGUCUGUUACAUACCCUACUGUGAGUUUGUGGGUUUCUGACUUUUCCUUAUGAGCCCCAGGGAAAAGAAAUAUAGUUUUCAACAUCAACAGCAGAGACCAUUUAUGGUCCAACAUAUUAUUUUUGGUUUUGAACUUCCUUCAGGGAGUUCCCAGCUCCUCUGAGGUCUGCUGUGGCCUCUCCUGUGUGCUCUCUCCUGUGUGCAGUGUGAAUUCACUGUGAUCCGGGAGGGCCGGUCUGCAGUCUGUGCACCAGGUUCCCUAUCUGCUGAAGGCUAUGGUACAGUGGAAAAAAAUAAAAUUUUUGCCCCAACUCUUGCCACAAUCUGUUUGCUACAUUUCUCAUUAGCUUCCUGUUUAAUUGUACUCCCAUCCCCAAAACA